CAGAAAUUGGUUGAUCAAGACAAAAUAACCUGUGUUUACACAAUGAAGUUUUAGCGCUGCAACUUACAACUGAUGAGAAGAUAACACAGAUUAGAGAAACAUUAGAAGACAAGCUUAAGCGUGCAAUGCUACAAGAAGAAGAGAUGAAGCGCGAGAUUGAAGACAGUCAGCAAAAAUUAAAGGAGUCUGUUAACAUUAAUACACAACUAAGCCAGGAUAGGGCUUCACUGGAAGAGAAAGUAAACAAUCUACAAGUACGCAUGUCUCAGCUGAUAUCAGACACUGACAUUAAAGAUUCACUUAUCAUGGGUUUAGAGAAACAAACUGAGAAUCACAAAGAAGAGAUUAAAUUAGAACGGCAAAAAUCACUGAAAUAUGAAGAGGAUUCUACUCUUUUGAAAGAACAACUUGAAAUCUGUGAACAUACUAUGACGAACAACUUGAAAUCAUUGUCUGAGAAGUAUCAGUCAAUGGAAGAGACGUUAGCAACGGUGGAAAAUGAUUACCGAAAGAAGAUUGAUCUGUUGAAUUCAGAACUACAUUCCAAUCAAAAGACAUCAUUUCAAUUGACGAAUGAAUGCGAGACGUUGAGAAGGAAUAAUAUUAAUCUGUUAGAUCAACUGAAUUAUGAAAAGGACAAAAAGGAUUAUUUACAAUCAGAUCUGAGUAAAUUCAAAGAAGAGUCAAAUAGAAUUGAAGCAAGUCUAAAAGAACAACUUAAACAGGCACUUGGCAGUCUACAAAGCUCACACAAGAAACGAGAAGUUCAACAACAAUCCAUCGGUGAUUUGGAAAGUACAUGUGCAGACCAAUCACUCCAAAUAUUACACCUACAAAACGAAUUAAAAUUGUAAGUACCAAAUAUAGU